AGCGCACGCAGUAGUAGAGAUGGCGGAACAUUUGGAAUAGAGGAAGAAUUAAAUUUUUCAUCAAAUCAAGACCUUUGAUUAUUUCAUGAGCUCAAAGUUUGUUGAGUGUUGGAAUCUUUACGAAAUGCAACAUCCACUGAAUUUAUUAAAAUUAUAGACAUCAAAGGCGCAAAAUUUAGAAAAUCCCGAAGCAAUUUUCAUAUGCCCCGAAAAAUGUCGGCGGCGGAGACACCUGCUGUCCACCGAUUACUAUGACAACGACCAAGUGACAACAUAUCUUUAAUUUCGCUACGACAACGUAUUUGUGCACACGGUUUUUUCAGUCCACUGGUAAGAUCGUUUCUUUACACUCAUAUUAGCAUAUAACUAUAUAAAAAUCAUGAGCGAAGAUUUCAAGUUUAUUGUUACGGAACUCAACAAUAUCUUGAAAAAAAAUUACACGUUGCUGUCAUUCAAAGCUCUGAACAGUGGCGAUUUACUGCAGGUUUUGAGCGACGUACUGGCCGAAAUAACGCAGGAUGGACCAAGAGUCGAUCUGAGGGACGAGAGCCUCGAGCAAACUUCGAUCCGAUUGCUGUCAAUACUCAGAGUUCUCAAAUAUCAGCCCGACAAGGAUCCCACUUUGUUCAGACAAAGACUCGUGAAGGGAGACUCCGAAACGAUUUAUACGAUUCUGCAAUGGCUCCUGUCGAAAGUCGAAGUCGUCCGACAAAGGGCUUACCUCGCUCGAUUCCUAGUCAAGGUCGAGGUACCGCAGGAGUACUUGACGGAUCCGGAGACGAUGGCUCUGUACGAAAGAUAUUUGAGUCUUGUAGAGGAAUUCAAGAUGGUUCACAAGGAACGCGAAGCCGGAAAAAAAGGAGGCGAAGCUGCGGCCGAGCUCAAGGCCGAUUUGAAAGCGAUGGAAAAAGAGCGUGAAGUAAUAGUGUCGAGAAUUGAAAAAAUCAAACUUCGAACGGAAUCGAGUCGCAAUCUGUUGAAAGCUGCCCAUUCGCUCCGCCUGGAGCGUGAGAGAGAGCGCGAAUUGUCGUUGCAAAAAAUAACCGAGAAGGAAGCGAUAUCGAAUUUGGAAGGAUCGUUGCAACGGGCCGAAAGAGAAUUGGAAUUCGUUCGAAAAGCAGGAGGAGGCGAACUGACAGCGAAAUCAUUGAUAGAACGUUUGUCGGAAGAGGUUAUGGUAUUAUCGGCAAUACAGAAGGAACGUCUGCCGUCAGAAUUGUCGAAUUUGAAGUUGAGAGUGGGUGUCCUUUCGGAGGUCGCGGGUUCGCCUUACGUUGCUCCUGAUGAGAUCGUCACGCUUCGUCAGAGAUUGGACGUUGUCGCGCGGCAAGUUCAAGCGCUUGCCGAAACGAGAGUAGCCGAGAGCGGGGCUGACAAAAUGGCACCUUUCAGACAACAGGCCGCUGCGAUAAGCAGCGUCAAGCGGAAUACGCUUGAAAAAUUGGAGGCGGCUGAGUCAUUGCUCGCUCAACUUACCGCGAAACUCGAGGAAAAACGCGAGCGAGCUAAACGCUUCGCCGAAGAUUCUUUACCGAGGGGAGAAGAACUGAAACGGUACGUUGCACGCUUGAAGAGUAAAAGCGUCUUGUACAAACGCUGCAGAGCUGAGUUGGCUGCUCUUCGAGCUGAGAACGGACUUCUCAGUCGCACGCUCGUUAUUCUCGACUCUCAAAUGGUCCAUUCUCCGAAUCAAUCGGAACGAUUCGACCGAUCGAAAUCCGAUCUCAUCCGAAACGAAUCGUUCGCUAUACCGGAUGAUUUUACCGCUGAAAAUGCUGCUUCGAUCAACGCGCGAUUGACCGCCAAGAUUUCAUCCCUCAGAAACCAACUCACUCCUCUUCUCAACGAGCUCCAACCGCUGCGUCAAAAGUCUCAGGAAGUUGAAGAACGUUACGAGAGAGCUCGGAACAGCCACCGUUCUGUUGAGGCGAGUGUGCGAAGUAAGAACGCAAACAUCGUGGCCGAGUUUGAAGCCCUCAAACAAUCGGUUACGCAAGAUACGGCUGAAGCAGAAAGAUUGCGUCAGGAAAUCGAGAAAUUGAAACUGGCACAAAGCAAAAUUCAACAAGAAAUAAAGUCAUACGCGAGUCCAAACGGUGGACAGUCGUUGAGGGAAAAAUUAAAGCAAGAGAUAAGCGCAGAAGAAAAACAACUGCAGACUUUGAAAGAUGAGGAGAAGUCUGUGAAAAUCCACAUUGCACAAAAUGCAAAUCAAACCGAAUGGUGGACCGAACUGAUAACAAUCUUUGAAUGCAAACUGAAGUACGCGGAAGAAAAUAAAGAACGAGAUGGUAUAGUCGUGCGUCAAGCAGGAGCCGAGACAUUGAUCUUGGAAUAAAGACUGUUUUAGUUAGUAGAUAAUAAAAAUAAUACAAAAUCGUUUGUACAUAGCUUAUCCAAAUAUUACUUCUAGGCUGUUGCGAUAGGCAGUGAGAAGCGUCUGAACGCAAAUGCAAUGCUACCGAUUAAUCCUAUUCCCGUUAUU